AUGUCAGCCUCUCUCCCGGGCGGGCGAGAGCUCCCCGCGUCACAAUAUGACCUGGGCACCUACUGGGGACGAGUGCGCCAUUCGGCCGAUAUUUCAGAUCCGAGGACACUGCUGGUGAACAAGGCUGGUCUGGAGCACGCGAAGAGCCUGGUCACAGGAUACAAGCAGGGCAGUAUCAAGGAGAUGAACGAGGAGCUGUGGAAGGCCAAGAAGAUCGUGGACUCGACUUUACAUCCGGACACGGGCGAGCCAGUGUUUCUCCCUUUCCGGAUGUCAUGCUUCGUCUUGUCAAAUCUGGUAGUUACGGCGGGUAUGCUCACGCCUGGGCUCGGGAUGACUGGAACCCUCCUCUGGCAGAUAACGAACCAAUCUCUCAACGUCGCGGUUAACAACGCAAAUGCGAACAAGUCCACCCCUCUAUCUACCUCCAAGAUCGCACAAUCAUACUUCCUCGCUGUUGGAGCCUCUUGCUCGGUUGCACUUGGACUCAACGCUCUCGUUCCACGACUAAAGCGAGUCACGCCAGCUACAAAAAUGGUCCUCUCAAGGCUGGUACCGUUUGCUGCUGUUGCAAGCGCCGGAGCGUUGAACGUGUUUCUGAUGCGCGGGGAGGAAAUCAGACAAGGAAUCGACGUUUAUCCAGUCCUCUCGGACGCAGACAAGGCUAAACUAGCUGAGGCGGGCAAGUCUGAAUCGGCCGUAGCCUCACUGGGCAAGAGCAAGAAAGCUGCUACGCUGGCUGUAGGCGAGACUGCUAUCAGCAGAGUCUUGAAUAGCUCUCCAAUUAUGGCUAUCCCUCCUCUAGUUCUGAUCAGACUUCAGAGGCAAGAGUGGCUUAGGAAGAGCCCGAGACUUACGAUGCCUGUCAAUGUCGGUCUGAUCUUUGCCACAAGCCUGUUUGCGUUACCACUGGCCCUUGCGGCUUUCCCCCAAAGACAGGCUGUUGAUGCUUCGAGCCUAGAGGAGGAGUUCUGGGGAAAGGGUGGAGAAAAUGGAAAGGUUGUCUUCAACAGAGGCAUCUGA